UGUCGCUUCUCUCUUUAUAUAGGACUCUACUCUGUACUACAGUGUGACUCCUGCAACUGCCUGCAACGUCCUGACCACGUGUAGUGUAUCGAAUUGCUUUCUAUUUCUUUUUACGAUCAUCAUCUGACAUUGUGUAUUACUGUGAUAACUGCUGAGUCAUAUUGAGUCGUGCUUCAAUAAAAGAUAAAAUAAUUAAUCAUCAAAAAUGAGUGAAAGUCCACCGAAGUAUCGUAGAAAUGCGAGGAAUAAAGUUAUUAAGAAAUUAGUUCGCCAACAUAGAAUUCAAUUAAAACGCAACGAUUUAAGAAAACGAAUAACCGCAAUUUACAAGGCAGAAUCUUCAUUCGAUGAAGAAAAUAAUGAAGAAAUUAAUGUACUGCCUAUUCCAGAGAUUAAUAAUAAAAGCAUUCUUUUAGAAACAAGUAGUUCUGAAUUAUCAACAAGAUCUGAUACAUCUAAUUAUUGUCUCCUUGAAAAUACUCGUGAAAAUUUACUUAAAAAACUCGUUAGUGAAAGGAAGAAGGCUGUGAAAAAGGCUGAGGAGAAAAAUGUUAAAUUACUCACUGCACAUUCACAACUACAAUCAUCAUCGCAAGAGCAAUUUAAAUCCAAUUAUGUGAAGAAUCCAUGUGCAUCUGAAAAUAUAAAAUCUCCAAAAAAGAAUGUGCUCCAAGAAUUAUAUGAUAAUGCUAAGAUAAAGGCCAAAGAAAAAAUAAAAAAACCUGAAAGUUCCAUGUCUUUUGCAGGAACCUCAAAAACUUCAUCAUGUACUUCAGAAAAUCAGUCAACAUCACUUUCUUUUGAAGAACACAUAUCUAUUGCAAGUCCCUCGAAAGUAUCUGAUAUUUCAAGAAAAUCUGAUGAUUUAGAAUUUGAAGAAUACAAUCAGAUAAAUCCUCCGUUUCAUUCACCGAUGAAAGAUACUUCACUAUUUACAAAAGAAGAGAGCAGUCCAUUUUCCUCUAGGAAAAAGAAGUUAGAUCCACCUGUUCAUAAUUUAACAAAGGAUCUUAAUGCAUCAGAUUCUGAUAAACGUUUAAAAAUAGUAGAAAAAAUAUUAUAUGACAUUAACAGCAAAAUUGACGUACUUAUGAUGAACCUAGCAAACUUAAAUAAAAGUCUGCUUCCAGAACAGGCUGUCAUCAAUAGACCUCCAAAUCUACCCCCUCUGCCUUUAAAUGAUAUUAAAAGACUUGAAGAGUUUGAGAAAUUUAUAUCUAAAGAUGUAAAUCUUUCAGCAGCGUGCUAUUACUUCAAGACUUUAGUUUUGGAAAAUGAAGAGAAAACUGCUGUAUCAAAACUUAUGACAAAAUUGAUGACCAAUUCCUUGGCCAUACAUUUCAAUUUUGAUGGUCAGAAUCCUCAAAAUACUCUGAAAAUUAAAAGAUCAUUUAAACAGUUGAAACUAUGGGAAUUAGUUCAAGGAGUGAUACUAAUAAAAUUUCCGAACAGUGAUUUAUCAGAAACUUUAACUACAGUCAGGAAUUGGCUACGAAAUGCUGCUUGGCGUAAGCAAUAAGAAGCGCUGUCAUUUAGUCACUUUUUGUUACUUUUUUUUUACAUGUCACUAAAAUAUCACUGUUAUCCAAAAAGAGUUACUAUUAUCACCUUUUUUGUGCAAUUUGUGACAUAUUAUAUUAUUGGUAGUUUGUAUUUUGUUUCAUGUGCAAUUUGUGACAUAUAUUAUUGGUAGUUUGUAUUUUGUUUCAUGUGCAAUUUGCAAAGGAUUAUAUUAUUGGUAGUUUGUUAGAUUUUAUAACGCUAUAGCAACUUGUCAUACAAGUUAAAUUUUAUUAUUUGUUAAAUUAAGUAAUAAAAUUUUAGUUAUUUUUAUUAUUUAAAAAAAAAGUUUUUCAAAUAACUGUAUUGAAAUUCAAUGAAACAUAUGGCGCCACGAAUACUUUAAUAUACAA